CAGCUACUUAAGGCGGCGCAGGACGAAGAUCCCUCUAAGUUAAGCUUCAGACUUGAAACUGUGAGGACGUGCUAGGAAAUCAGAGACAUAAAACGCAUAGCGUAAUAAAAAAUCAGAGACUGUGAUUACAAAUUCCAUGCUGGACAGCAAAUCUGUGAGAUCGUGCAACACAUCGAAGGAAACCCAACCAAUGUUAAGCAAAAUGGCUAGCAAUACAAGCGGCGGGGGAGGUAAUUCCGGAAGCACUGGGUCGGGACGUCGUUUGCCACUCUCGCUGAGCGGUGGUACUACCGUAUCGCGGCUGCAGCAAUCUUCUGGCAGCAACGGCCGCUCAAAUAGCCCCCAGAAUGGCAAUAAAAAGAUCACAGAGUCCUUUGUGCCGGUAAAAAAGAUCAACCAAUCGAGAACCGCUUCCACCAGCUCUUCCUCGUCGACCGGAUCCAGCCAGAACGGCGUAAGCAAGUCCACAAAUGGCAAGGAUAAGGCACAGAAUGGCAGCUCCACAGGCAAAGACCAUAAGGUGGAGAAAUCUAAGGAUAAGUUGCCGGAAAAGAAGGAAAGGGAAGUGGGUGCCGAAGAUAAGAAUAAGGAUAUCGCUGUCGAGAAAACAGAUAAGGAGGUUGUAGUCGAAAAUAAGCAUAAGGAGGUCGUAUCUGAAAAUAAGGAGGUGGCGACUAAAGUUCCCUUCGAAAAAGACAGCAACGAAGAGACCAAAAAGGAAGUUACCGUUGAUAGUACGACACCCGCUUCUCAACCGCCUGCGGAUACUGUGGUCAUCAACGAUGACGUGGUGGUUAUUCCAGAUCUCAGCACUCCUACUAAGGAUCGCAAGUCUGCACGCAAGUCGGGCAGCCAGCAAAAGUCUCCCAUCAGCAAGGCAAGUAACGCCUCACCAGCCCAGAAUAUGCAAACCGAAGCAACCGUUUCUCCAUCAUCCGCGGGCGCUUUGACUCCGCAAGAAGAUGUCGAUAUGGAACCAUUACAAGUGGAUGCCUCUCCCAUACGCAGCGUCCAUGGCAAUUUAAAUGCCCUGCCGACGGCUACAUCCACGCCCGGACGCAAUCUCUUUGGUUUCCGCGGUAGCAGCAAGCAAAGCACCGAAGUAGAGCUGGCUGCCCAGACUUCCAGCUCGCCGGCAGGCACUCCGGCCCGCACUUUCGCCCAGAUCAGCGGCCGGCGCAGCAUACGACCCAUCGAUUCGCUGACACCCUCAAAAAUAGGCACCUACAGGUGCGGGAACAGCGACCUGGACACCUCGAACUGCACCAACGCAAGCAUGAAUGCCACGGUCGGAUCAGAGAUCCCCAACAGCUCCUCAUUUUCUUUUUCAUUCUUCGGCCGUGGCCGUAAACGUGACCGCACUCCCCCACCACUGUCGGCCUCUCAGUCGACCAGUGACCUGGGCCAUGAUGUGGAUAUGUCGCCGCCAAAGCGCGCCCGCUUCGACUUGUUUAGCCUCAAUCUGGCUUCACCCUUCAGCAUGCUGCGCUCGAGGUUCUCCAAGGCAACAAUCAGUUCUCCGAGCCGUCUGCGUCUGGAGCCGAACAGUUCCGGCGUGGAGGAGCAACAUCUAAACACAUCUUCGUCUGGGAUGCCAGAAGAGGUUGAAGUGGAGGAGGAACAACCAGCCCAGGACGUGACCGUUGGCCAGGAAGCCGGUGCGGAGACACCGAAGAAGGGCGGCUCGCCCAUUAAGGAGAUCCCCGCCGAGAAGGAUGUCGAGAGUAAGAACGUCGAUGGCCAGAAUGUCGACGAGACAUCCCCAUCCAGCGAUGGGGAAAACAUUGCCCCCGCUGUAGAGGUUGCUGCUGAUGUGGCCGGAGCCGAGGGCCGAUCCUUCUGCUCAAUUAUGUAAUACAACACACCAGACCCAUCCCCUAGUUUGUAAGCUUUUGUCUUAGCAUAUCCGUUUCAGCCUCUUUGGUAAUUUGUGUUCUGACGUAAAGUUACAUGUUAAGAGAGAAAGACAUCUGCCGCUGCGAUUCUUUGAUAGCCGGGCCUGGUCAGGUAAGUUUUCGCCCGGAAAAUUUUGACCAGUCGUCGGCGUACACCAAGCUGGCACAGAUUCCUUGCUGGUUGGCUCAUCACGAACUCCCGGGUCGCAGUCAACCACCGACGAAUCUGAUGAUCUGUACCCAGGCAAAGUGGGUACCAACAAAGAAAACCCAUAUUUGUAGUAAUCUGUGUAAGAAGUUUUAUAUGAAACACAUAUUCGUGAGAGUCUGUCAUAUCCCUUUCGAUGAUAAAAUAUUUUGUUUUAAAUAUAAAAAAAAGGAUACAAAAAGCUUCUUGAUUUGUAAAAAUGUAACACAUU